AUGUCCGGGUAUAGCCCAAGCAGUCGCGACGCGUCCCAAACAGGGAAGGUGGAGCCUGAGUUGACUAUUUCCACCAACUCGAAGACCAACCCUGCUACCAGCAUCAGAGGUACAAUAUACUCGAUCUUCCACGGUCCCGCCACGAUCCACGAUCCUCUUCGAAUGUUGCCUGACCCUACGGCCCAAGCUCUCGUCGACUUCCUCCUCCCUCGCAUUCACAACAACCCGGCAGAGGCUAUACGGUGGUUCCUACACUCUGUAGCCGGAAACCCCACGGCUCAAGCCGAACAUUUUGCCCUAGCAAAUAAAAGUCACCAUUUUCACAAUACUGAGGCAUUCUGGUGGCAGUAUAUCUGUGGUUGGAUUGAAGACGAGAUCGAGGACGAAGAGGACGGAGAGGAGAAGUUACAGGUCGUUGUGAAGGCGCUGAGUGACUCACACAGACAGGGGAAACUUGAGACCCUUGUACCGAAAGAAUUGAAGUUGGAGAAGGUGCGAGUGAAGCAGCCGGGAGCACAACCUCGGAGGGGAAACGAAAAGAUAGAAAAGUGCCGUGGGAAGGGCCAGCAGGGGCGGCUACUCAAUCGUGAACGAGGCGGACACCACAAGAAAGACGAGCUGAGGAGGAAGGAAAACCGCUUCACUACCUACAAGGAGUCAUAUGCCGCGCAUGUUUCUGGUUUGUUGAGUGCUGAGGUAUAUAAGCUGGGGAAGGUCUAUUCGCAGCAAGUCUACCCGCCCACGAGGGUAUGUAACCCAGAGAAAAGUCAACAGCGUCACUAUCUUCAUCUACCAAUCCACAUAAUGGCAGCCGUGAAGAAGUUUGCUGGCUUGCCGGACGUGGACGAAGGUGCGGAGGUCUACGAGACACAGGUCCCUGAGUUGACCGAAGCCAGCACCUUACCAACAGAGUCAGAUGCUGCUUCGGAUGAGGAUACUUCGGAUCUUGACCGAAGAACCAUUGACCCAGACGCUGCAAGACGAAGAUUUGGACCAGCCAUUGUUGACGCGUCGAAUACCAAUUUCUCAGAUACUAUUAAUGGAGGAAGGAAAGAUUACAAAGCCCGAACUAGGCGGAGAAGGAAACGAGCCCAGCUGGUCGAAGAUAAGGCUGAGAUUGAUGGCUUCGAUGAAAGCGAGGACGAGACCUUGCAAGGACGUCUUGCUAGGUUGAGACGUGAGGCGACAGAGCUACAAGCUGAAAUCGACAGUAUUGAACAAACCAAGGAAUCACGUCAAGGCGAUGAUGACGAUAGCACUUAUGAGGACACUGUCGAUCAUCCUAAUCCUACUAGCGAGCUCUCCGAAGGUGCUGAGCAACUGAACAGGACUCUAAAAGCUAUCUCAUUGGGCGGCAGUAGGAAGAGGGUCAAGACGUUAGAAGAGGAGUUUACCCAAAAACUGGAUCAGCAGUUGGUGCCUCCAAGGGAUAGAUUGCACUCAACAGGACCUGACAUCAACGACCUUCCUGAAUCAUCUAUAUCCGCGAUUGCUGCCUUCUCUGAUCGACUCACAGCUAUGGAAACAGUGCUAGGUGUAUCUGUUCGAGGUCCAGCCACCACCUCAUCAAUAAUCCCGACCCUCGAAUCCCUCUCAACGCAGAUUGAAGCCUUAUCUUCGACCUUGACUCCACCUCAGAACUUCAACAUUACGGGAACAGCUAGCACAAGCACGAUACACCUCGAGCCGAUAGCACAAAGAAUCCGCCACUUAGUUGCUGAAUCCAAGCGUCUCGAGGACUCUCGCUGUGCAGCGACGAAGUCCUUUGAGGAACUCCUCGAAACACGCGACCGAUACGCGAACCUUUUGCAGAGCACCCACGUACACUCUGCUGUUCACACUAGCAGUGGCGCUCAAGUAUCUCGCAAUUCUAGCGGUCAAGAAAUCCCAACAACCAAUGGCACUGUCAAUGCCCCAACAAAAGAGCAAAUGCAGUCGCAAUUCACCACACUCUUCCUGGACGAUCAAGCCGCCCGUAUUGCUGCACUGUACAGCGCCCUGCCUACCAUUCAGUCGCUACAACCUCUCCUACCAGUCGUGCUCGAGCAUCUGAGGGCACUAAGUGUGAUACAUACUGGUGCAGCGGACGUCAAGAAUGAACUGGAUGAUGUAGAGCGACGCCUAGAGACGCAAGAGCAGGAAGUCAAGAAGUGGAGGGAAGCUGUCGAGGACGCCGAGAAGGCGAUGCAAGAAGGUAGAGAGGUCAUGAAGGAGAAUGUACAGGUCGUGGGAGAUAUGGUCAGUGGCAUAGAGAGCCGAGUCAGACAGCUAAAAAGUAGGUGA